AAGGGAGCAGCGAGAGCCGGAAGUGGGCGGCCAGCGCGGAGCCCGGGACGGCCGGCCUGGCGGCGCUCUAGCCCCCGCGCUGUCUCUAUGCCCCGCCGCGUCUCGUCUAUUUAUUGUCGCGGGGAAGCGGCGGCCGCCGGGGACCCGGAACAACAAAGCGCGGAGCCCGCAGCUCGAGCCGCGGGGGCUCCUAGCAACGGGCCGGGCGGGAGUUCCAUGGAGACUGGGGAGCGCGCCCGCCUCAUCAUCAUCCUCGUCCUCCAGCUUCUCCUUCGCGUCCGCCGCAACCGGCAGCAGCGCUGCCGCCGCGUCCUCUGCCGCCGCCCCCUCUUCCCACGGAUGUGAUCUUCGUGGUGGGAAACCGAGUUUUCCAGCUACCCCAAUGGAUGCAGACAGUGAUGUUGCAUUGGACAUUCUAAUUACAAACGUAGUGUGUGUCUUUAGAACAAGAUGCCAUUUGAACUUAAGGAAGAUCGCUUUGGAGGGGGCAAAUGUAAUUUAUAAGCGUGAUGUUGGAGAGAGUGUCGUAGAUUUAGCCGCGUGUACAGUUAGUUAUGGCCCUCGGUGUAGACUGACCCGUGUGACCGGCGGUCUUCUCUCCUUAAACCGCAGUGAGGAAGAAGCGAAGUUCGGCGCCCGGCGGCUGGCGCGCAGCCUGCAGAAACUGGGCUUCCAGGUAAUAUUUACAGAUUUUAAGGUUGUUAACGUUCUGGCGGUAUGUAACAUGCCGUUUGAAAUCCGUUUGCCAGAAUUCACAAAGAACAAUAGACCUCAUGCCAGUUACGAACCUGAACUUCAUCCUGCUGUGUGCUAUCGGAUAAAAUCUCUAAGAGCUACGUUACAGAUUUUUUCAACAGGAAGUAUCACAGUCACAGGCCCAAACGUCAAGGCUGUGGCUACUGCUGUGGAACAGAUUUACCCGUUCGUGUUUGAAAGCAGGAAAGAAAUUUUGUAACUCGUCACUUAAUUGGUUAGAAUCCCUAACUGAGCACCUUUUAAAACCUGCUGCACAUUGGACUCAAAACAGAAGGAGAACUGGACCAAGAGUAACUGAGGAAAGACUCUGAAGACCGCCAUCGUUCACAGCUACAGUGUAAGCUCCGCCCGGUGGAUCUUAGCUCAGACCUUGCUGUAAUGUAAAAGGAAGUUUACAAGACGUGACGUUGCUGCUUUUACACGAGGACGUUCUAUUUAUUUUCGCAGGAAUUCUCAUGUCCCCAUAGCAGAGCUGUCACAGUGUGCACUACCUUCGUUGUUUCGUUGUUGUCGUUAUUUUUUCCCAGUUUGAGCUCAUGUGUUUUAUUUGUGAAUAGCCUUUUACAUUUUUGUAUGCUGAAUAUGGGCACCAAAGAACCUGUAAAAGUUAUCUUUUCAAUUGAAUGUGCACAAAUAAAAGUUUGGAAAAGAUCUCUCCUCAUA